AUGGCUUUGCAGAUUGCGAGAUGCUUCCUCCGAAUCCACACAGCGGAUGAGGUAUUCACAACCACCUUCAGGAACCCUACCAACAGGCUUUUCUUGCCGACCGAUCGGAGCUAUUCUUCUAGCUCCUCCGAUCUCAUUUGCGUCACUCUCUUCCCCGACGACGGUAUUGGUCCCGAGAUCGCAACCUCUGUCAAACAGAUAUUCAAUGCUGCAGAAGUCCCAAUUAAAUGGGAAGAACAUUACGUAGGGACAAAAGUAGAUCCCAGAACCCAAAGCUUUGUCACAUGGGAAAGUCUAGAAUCUGUAAGAAGAAACGAGGUUGGAUUAAAAGGUCCCAUGGCUACACCAAUUGGAAAAGGUCAUCGUUCCUUGAAUCUCACUUUAAGAAAAGAACUAAACCUGUAUGCAAAUGUCAGACCAUGUUACAGUCUACCUGGUUACAAAACUCGAUAUGAUGAUGUGAAUCUCAUCACAAUCCGUGAAAACACAGAAGGAGAAUACAGUGGUCUUGAACAUCAAGUUGUCAGGGGAGUUGUUGAAAGUCUUAAAAUCAUAACACGUCAUGCAAGUUUGAGAGUGGCUAAGUAUGCUUUUCAUUAUGCUAAAGCUCAUGGUAGAAAAAGAGUUUCUCCUAUACACAAAGCUAACAUCAUGCAGAAAACUGAUGGCUUAUUUCUAAAGGCAUAUAGGGACUCUUCAUUGCAGGAUUGUAAGAAAGCAUCUGAAGAAGUAAUUCCAGUUAUCAUUAACAAGCUUCAGGAUAAGGUUUCUUCUGAAUCUGAAUGA